GCUCUAAAUCAAAACACACUGCCUUAGAAAAGUUUCUCGCUCUUUGAGUUUACUUGUGAGGGAGGAAAAAGCUCCCAUAUGGAGUUCAGUGACUCAGGUAGUUUGAGGAGUGUGUUCUGUGUUUUGUAAUGAGGAGUGUUUUAGAAAGCGUGAGGUUUCUCUGUCUGGAACUGGACCUGUACAGCUCCUGGACCGGGUUUAAUCCAGCAUGAGGAUGGCGAGAUUUUUUCCCCCUAAGUACACGGAAAGUGCCUGUUGGCUUCAGAUUUGGGACUUGGCUCCGGCUGCGGUGUCUGUGACUUAUUAAUCUGCUCGGUUAAAGCAGGAUUUCUCUGUAAACAUGACCCGAUAUCCUGCGCACUAGUGCUUCACUUUCAGAAAAGCUCUCUAGCUAAACUUUUAUACCUGUGGAAGACAAAAACUUCAUGUGCGCGGACGCUGGACUGGAAAAGCAACCGAACACGAAGGGAAAGUGCCUAUCUGGUUUAUUAAACUAUUAAGCAGCAAUAUGGAGAAGUUUACCGUGAACAGCGGCGGUGGAGACGUGGAGCGAGACCUGGAGAUCCAGGGGCGGUUGGCGGAGUGCGGUGAAGCCGCGGAGCCGCUGCGGGAGAACGGGAAAGCCGGAACCGGUCAGAGUCGAACCGUGACCCGGGCUCACAGCUCCAGCCCCAGGAUGCUGGUCGGUUUGGACAUCUUGUGUCUGAUUGUGGCCUCUAUCCCUUUCUUUGCAUGUGAGCUGAAGACUGUGAAGCCGUAUAAGAGGGGCUUCUUCUGCGGAGACUCAAGCAUCACUUACCCCUAUCUGGAGAGGGAGGCAAUCCCUGACAGCCUGCUUAUUACUGGAGGAAUCAUCAUUACGGGCCUAACAAUCGCGCUGGCUGAGUGUUACUGCGUGCGCUCCCGCCGUGUGAACUCCCGUGCCUUCAUAAGAAACCCCUACAUCUCCUCCCUCUACAAAGAGCUGGGCAGCUUCCUGUUCGGCUGCUGCAUCGGCCAAUCGCUGACCAACAUGGCCAAGCUGAGCGUGGGUCGGCUCCGCCCCAACUUUUUAGCAGUGUGCAAUGUGACGUACGCAUCGCUGAACUGCUCACAGGGCGAUUAUGUGGAUAACGUGAAAUGCAACAGCUCCAUGAAAGCCGAGGAGGAGGCCAGGAAGUCCUUUUUCUCAGGCCACGCCUCUUUCGCCAUGUACACAAUGCUUUAUCUUGCUUUCUACCUGCAGGCGCGGUUCUCGUGGCGCGGGGCGAGACUGUUGCGGCCGCUGCUGCAGUUCCUGCUGGUGAUGUUAGCCGUGUACACCGGGCUCACCCGGAUCUCAGACUACCGCCAUCAUCCCUCUGACGUCCUCACCGGCUUCCUGCAAGGAGGAAUCACUGCAUACUGGGUGGCAUUCCACAUCUCCUCCAUGUUUAAAACGUGUCCUGCAGACCGCUCUCCCACCAGUCUGUCCCUGGACAGCCCUUUGUCUCUGUCCAGCCGUCAGACAGAGUGCUAGCGUCCCUCCUGGGGCACGUGGACACAUAGCGCUGCCUUCAUGUGGACCGAACGACGACAGUUGAUGGACACGAGAGAGUCGGUGAGGAAGAGGAGGAGGAUGAUGUCCAGAGGAAGAAUCGAAAGAAUGUGUUCACGUCCAUACACACAUACAUACGCCGACCCACUGCCUACGAGUCCUGCAUAAAUAAGAUAUGAUACAGAUAUUAUUUUUUGUCUUUUAUGUGAACCUUGUGUAUAUUUUACUUUAAAUCCAGUAAAUAUAUGUAGACAAAGCUGCUAAUAAUUGUAUUAUUCCGUAGUGACACUUAUACAGGAUCCUCUGUGGUGUAAGCAGAGGGUCCACAGGUCAGCUUAUUGGAGCAAUGCCACUUUGAUGGACAGAUGUACUGACCAAUCACAAGAGUUCUGUGGUUACAACUGACAUUGGGCUUCAUUUAUCAAACUUGAAACGAAUUAAUUUAUUUGUAAAUCAUUCGCAGGAGCAUUUCCACAAGAAAUGUGUUCAGGAAAAUCCGGUUACUUCAGAAGAAGACUGUAUCCUGUGUUUCGCUCCUGAUGUGAACCUCGACUGAUCGUAUUCAAAUCGUAAUUAUCGAUGAGUUACUGCGAUUUUAUACACAGAUUACGCUGUUAGGUUUAAAUCACUUAUUUAUUUCAGUUUCACACACUCUUUUCAUUUCGAUCAGAAAGGGAUUCCAAAACAUAAUCCAUAAAUUAAGACAAAUUAGACUAGCCGAUUAAUUACGACAAAAGUAAUGGUGCCCUAUAAAUGGAGGAAGAGUUAGUGUGUGUCUGUGGUAGCCGACACGCUGCAAUGGCUGAGCUGCAUUAUUGGAAAAUUAAAGGAGGUUCUCUUUCACCAUUUAGUUGCCAUUUUGUCAUUUUCAGCUCUCUGUGAGCUUUUUGCCUUUUAUAGAGUUUUGUGGGCGUGGCUAAAUGUCAAUGUUCUGUGAACGCACUUGGUAAUUUAUGGCUUAUAUUUGUAAAACAACACUAUUAAAAGGUUGAUAAAUGAGGCCCAAUGUGUAAGGGUGCAAAAAGCCCGUUACAGACUUUCCCUUUCUUUUCUUUUCUCUUACUUUUCUAUUAUUCUUAUAUUACUUUUUCUGCUUUAUUUUUUGUUUUCUUUUUCUUUUUUCUUUUCUGUUUUCCUUUAUUUUUUCCGUGCAUAUUUUUAUUUUUUUCUUUUAAUUGUUUUCUUUUCUUUCCCUGUCCUGUAGUUUUCCAUUUUCUUUCCUCUUGUGCAUUUCAUUAUUGAUCAUAGCCACUGAUACAGCAAAGUUCAAUUUUGCGAAAAGAGAUAUUUCUUUUUCUUUCUUUCUUUCUUUCUUUCUUUUCUUUGCAAAUCAGCAGUGUGACUGAAAUGAGACACAGCCGGUCUCGCUCCCUCCUGCCUCUGUAUCUCGGUGGUGUCGAGCAGGCAGACCACUGAACACUAGCGACCUGCUCGAUCCUUUGGCACUUGAGCUGCAGGACUGAACUCUGAAACUCUAGCACAAGGUAUUUCAGUGGUCUCAUUUCAACAGUGUUUAUUUCCUCUUACUGUGGUCAGCCAAUCACCUUCUCCCAGUUUUACAAGGUGGUAAUUAUUCAUAAUAAAAAUGUACAUAAAUCAAUUUAUAAAGAAAGAAAGCUAUCCAGAGUUUGCAAAUGUAUUAGCGCCACUGUGUUUAUAUGUGUGCAAGAUGCUUGUGUUGUAUAAAUAGUGACUGAGCCAGAGAUAUUGUAUUGUCAGAAAGCUAUAUUUUAUGUUUAUAGUUUUAUAAACGUCUUGCUUGUUUUGUCUGUGAAAGCCCCUGAGGCUAAAGUAACCACUGUAUUAAUAAACCAAACCAAUAAAACGAAUGUGCAACUAUUA